CCAGUCUUUAAUGAGCACUUGCCUCAGAACUCAUGACGACUCACACUGUGACGCGUGUCAUCCAAUUAAAGAGGUCCUCGGGAGCGUACAGGACUGGCUCUGUUCAAUUUUUCCCCUGGACUCUGGACUCGUCUAAGGAAGUAUUCGACGGCAAAUGGCAUCUGUCCACAUCUUGGCGUUCGAUGAUAGACCAGUACUCGCAAAGCUUUGUCGCUGGUUACAAUGCUCAACUUUAUAUCCUCUGCACUGACAAGAAACUCGAAGAGAUCGUUUCCCUCGAUGUCUCGUUGCCUGACCCUCCAAAUGAUCCAGACGAUCCUACCAUCGCAGCAUGGGCCCUGUGUUCUGAGCCAUCUCCGGAACCUCUCAUAAUUCUAGCGGAUCAUCGAUGCAUAUUCGUGUACAGUGUGAGAAAGAGGGCGGUAGUUGGAUAUGUUCGGGGCCACGGAGGGAGGAUCACCUCUAUCUCAGUGCAUCCCACACGGCCUAAUAUCUUCGCAAGCACUUCAGCAGACUUCACAGUCAGAAUCUACAAUCUGGAUCUGAAACAAGAGGAAAACCUGCGGACACCAAAAUGGCCGCCAUUGGGUAUACCUGUUCAUGGCAGCGCUGCUCUUGGUAUAGACGGGGUCGAUGCUGUCGGUCGCGGAUACGGCCGAUGCAUCCAACUUCUGGUUGGCGGGCGAGCCGGUGGUCACAACUGGGAGGUCGGCACCUCGGCUUUCCAUCCACGACUGCCUCUGCUGGCGACUGGGGGCGUUGACCGCUACGUGAAGAUCUGGCGCAUCCAUCUGGGAUCGACGAAUGUCGUCAGGGAGGACAAACCACUGUUCAGCUCGGCGAUCACAACGUCCCGUGUGCUCUCGAUCGCAUGGCUCGCGGAGGACGUGCUCAUGACGCACACUGCGACAACCUUCACUCCAAGAAAGGCUGAAUCAGACGACGACGAGCCUGGUAUGCCAGAACCCGAGAUUGAGCCUGCAACACUCGAUGUGUUCCAAUGGCUUGGAUGCGAACGUUACUUCCCCGAUGGAGAUCCAGAACCGGAUUCGCUCCUACGAGGCGGUGCAUCGGACUACCAGAACAGCGCAUCGUACAUGAAGCUGUCUUCUCUCGACCUGCCUCUGGAUCGCAGUUUACAGGACCGAGAGGCAAUUACCAACUUGUCCCAAACGAGAGUCUCUGCAAGUCAGAAGGGACACUGUCUCGUCAUGAAUGCCCAAUCACGAAUCCGUGCUAGGGGAUCGACCAGUCUCAACUUUGUGUCGCUAGACAUCUCGCAGAUGGAGCCUUUGUGUCGGCCAAUGACUCCUACGGCGCUCGAUGUUGAUGUCGCCCUGAAACGACUUCGCUUGGAGCCUGGUCCAAACGACCCACGCCCUGACCAUCAGAACCCUCUCUUCAUGUCUUGUUCGCAAACACCAUCGCACAUCAUCGCAAUAGAUUCUGUUGGGAAAGUGUGGAUACUCAGAUCAAUGUAAAAUUGCAGACUUCAUAGUUGGAAUUCUCCCAAUUCAAACGCAAAGCACAUCACGAAAAAACACUACGAUCUACGAAAGUGCUUAGAAGUGUGUCCGCGAUGCCGAGCAAUCUCAAAAACGCAUAUUCAAAGAUCAGCACGCUAUCGGGAGCUUAGAACUGUUGGAUUCCAUUCCCGUUCGAAAACGUGGCAGCCUCCUCGGGCACCAGGUUGAUGGCACGGCCGUAGAGAUGAAUGCCGGUGUCAUCAGCGAAUGUGGCUGCCUCAGCUGGGAUCGAGUUGACAGCACGGCCGUAGAGGUGGAUACCAGUGUCGUCCGCAAAUGUAGCUGCCUCAGCGGGGAUCGAGUUGACGGCACGACCGAGCACGUGAAUGCCCGUGUCGUCAGCGAAAGUCGGUGCCUCUUCAGGGAUGUUGUUCACAGCCCGACCGUAGAGAUGAAUACCCGUGUCAUCGGCGAACGUAGCUGCCUCAGCCGGAAUCGAGUUGACAGCACGACCGUAGAGAUGGAUCCCCGUGUCGUCCGCGAAUGUAGCUGCCUCAGCUGGAAUCGAGUUGACGGCACGUCCCAAAACGUGAAUGCCCGUGUCGUCACCAAAUGUCGGCGCCUCCUCAGGAAUGCUGUUGAUGGCUCGACCAUAGAGAUGGAUGCCUGUAUCAUCCGCGAAUGUAGCCGCCUCGGCAGGGAUCGAGUUAACAGCACGUCCGAGCACAUGAAUCCCCGUGUCGUCAGCGAAAGUCGGUGCCUCCUCAGGGAUGUUGUUCACAGCACGGCCGUAGAGGUGGAUGCCCGUGUCAUCGGCGAAUGUAGCUGCUUCAGCCGGGAUCGAGUUGACAGCCCGACCGUAGAGAUGGAUCCCCGUGUCAUCGGCGAACGUGGCUGCCUCAGCCGGGAUCGAGUUGACAGCACGGCCAUAAAGGUGAAUGCCAGUGUCGUCGGCAAAGGUGGCUGCUUCGGCAGGGAUGGUGUUGACAGUGCGUUUCACGUACGCAGGGAUGGUGUCCAAAGGCUCGGGUUCCCGCUGCUCAAGAUCACGCUGAGGCCAUCAUUGGUAUGAAUGAAAACGCUAAUGAGCACUGCCUUACAGCAAUUGGUAGAGGGGAGGCGACGGUUUGACCUGCGAGCAUCGCGGCCAGAGCAAGGAUGUAGAGUUUCGAGAACAUGACCAAAAGAGUGGAUAUGUGAAUCGAGAUGUCGAGUUGCGGAGGAAUGAAGGAAAUGAGAAGGGCGUCCUGCGGCCACAGAUGAAGAGGGAGAUGAAAGUCUGGGGGAAAGAAACCAGUGCGU